CUGUGACGUAAAAUCAAAUAAACCAAGCAUGGUUUGGCGUCCAUUAUUGCCAAAUCUUCGAUGCAUACAAGUACCACUUACGGAAGUACCUUCAGUGCUAGACCUGUACACCUUUGACACAACAUCACCUGGAGGUAGUAGGCUCGGUGAAGGUUAUAAAAUUUUACCCGAAAACUGCACAAAUAAAUAUCAGGUACAUGAAGGGGAUGUGAAAACAAUCACGCUUGUAGAUGAACAUGCAAAGCAAUUAUACGAAUCAAUAUUUGCAUACGUAGAAUACCUAGGGUGUUCUGCUCGGCGACAG